AUGUUAUUGGAGAAAUCAGCGACGUUGUUAUGGUCGACGACGUCUCCUACUUUACAUAAAUGCAUUCUUACAGCAUUUCGUUCAACAUCUUCAACUGCUCGUAAAAGACGAUUGGAAGCCUUCAAUGCUGAACGUGAACAACAGCAACAAAAAUAUGGCGUUUCAAUUGAGAAAGUGAUCGUAUCAGUUCAGCAAGAGGAUCAAACCGAACGGCAUUUGCUAAUGAAUGACCACUUAUCAACUUUUCACGAUUGUGCAAAACAUAUAUCGCGUUUGAAAGUGGACAAUACGGCUUUAGUUCAUGUGACCAAAGAAAGUGAUGCAAGCGAGUACUUCGCAUCACCGCAUACAACUGUCGACGGGAAAUCAAAAAUCAAACUUCUGAGCUUUAACACGGCUGAUUACGCUGAUCAUGCAUAUUGGCGUUCAUGUGCGUUUUUAUUAGGCGCUUUAGCCGAGACGUCGUUACGAGCGGAUGUCUCCAUUAUUGGUGCUUUGCCCAGCAAGGGUAUGUCGCUGUAUUUUUAG